GAAUUUGACAAGAAAUACAAUCCCACUUGGCACUGCAUCGUGGGAAGGAACUUUGGCAGCUACGUGACUCAUGAGACCAAGCACUUCAUCUACUUCUACCUCGGCCAAGUCGCUAUCCUUCUUUUCAAGUCUGGUUAGAACCACGGACUGUUACCGAAACUUGCACCCAGUCACAGGACUGCACACUAACUCCAAACGGCCUCCUACCUGCAGCCUUCCUGAGGACACAGAUCUUCAGGCUCAGGUCUUUUGUUGUAUUGUUAACGGUCAGGGAUUUUGCUGUAGCAACUGUUAUUUUUGUUGUGGCUACAAAAACGCAAAAAUGUCUUCCUUGUAUUUAUUUCCUUUCAAAAGACGGCUUCUUUGCUAAUAAAACUGUUUGAACGAGUUUA